AUGACAACCAGAAACCUGAAUAAAACCUGGCGCGACGUUGUCUUCGCUCAAUAUGCCGCUGACUUUGACGCCGAUGUUCCAUUCCCCGUUCGCUAUCUGAUCAACGCCGAUGUGUGGAAGAAAGAUAUUUUUAUCGAAAUUCCAACCAAAAUCCCCGUCGAGACCUUGCGCCGCUCCGUCUUGACUUUCGUCCGCGUAAAACGCCUUGAUUCUGACCCGGCUUACCGAGACGAGAACAUCUCCGUUAGAGCACGUGUAUCUUAUCUAGAAAGACAAGUCCAAGAAGCUAACAAGCAACAUGAUGACCUGGGAUCCGGAUCACAGGAUCCUCCCACUGUCGCUGGCGAUGCUCAGGACAGUCGCUAG